CAAACGACGUAAAAGGAUAAUAGCGCCGUCCAACGGUUGGUUGGGCCAAGUAAAGGUAUAUAGUCAGAGACCCCCGGAAAGUUCUAGUAGGUCCCUCUGGAAUCCUAUAGGUCCCUUCGUUGAUCGCUGAUCUAAAAUAUUUGGAGAAUCUCUUGAAGAAAAACUGAAGUUCCUUCUGGAAAAAUAAAGGUGUAUUAUGCCCUAUCCAAUCUGCGGUGGACCUAAGAGAGAGCACCAGAGGGGAGAGUGAGGGGUGCUGGGAAGCACACUCACACUGCUUCCUCCCUGCACCUGCUGCAUCAUGGGUAACGUCGGUGGAAAGGACGGCCAUGGCCCUACAGGUUCCCUACAUGAACGGUCUCAUUUAGAUCUGUUCCAAACUCCUCCCUCUUCCCUCUCUGAUUCUGACCUGGCUCCAGCCGCGGCUCAGCUGCUGCAGCAGGGGACACCGUCCUCCGGGGCCACCCGGGGCAUCGUCUGCCAGGGUGGAGCCUCCCCCAUUUCCAAAUGGAGACACACACUGUCCGUCCCCCCAGAAUGUGCCGUGAUUAGCGUGGAAAGCAGUGUGUCUCCGCAGGGGACUGGGAUUGAGAUGGAAGGUGGAAGGCAGACAGUGCGGUGCUCUAACAGCCACACCAGCAGCCCUGUGUCUCCAGGCCAGCAGCCUCAGUUUGAGGGUAGCCCUUUGGAGCAUAGCUGGCAGGAGCGGGACAGUGGGAUGGAGCCCCAUGCAAGGCCAGAGCGAGCUGGGGAGGAGAUGGCCCUGGCACUGUUUAGCCUUUUGGAACAUCACAGGUCUGCACUGGAGCUCAGUCCGGGCCUGGACGCACCAGCAGGAGCAGCCGAGCUGCUGAGGCGGUUGCUGGUGGAGAGAGAGGAGCUGGUCGAGGAGGUGCGCAAUUUGAAGGACACACUGAGGACUGAGCGAGCUGAGUGGCUCCAGUUCCAGUGUGAUCUACAGGUGGCAGUGUCUGUGGCCGACCGGCUGCGCGUGGAAGCGGAAGAGACUCUAGGCACGCUCAGAGAGAGCCAUGGGAAUGUGGCGGGCCAGCUGGACCAGGCCCAGUGCAGACAGCAGGACACGGACAGGGAGCUGGAGAGCCUGAGAGCUGAACACAGAGAGGCCUGUCACAGAUUGUCUGCUCUCACCAUGGAGCACCAACAGACUAGGGCUGAGCUGGACACACGGAGACACACGCUCAGGGAGAGCGAGAGGGACUCACUGAGGGAAAGAGAGAAGGACUCACACAGAGAGAUAGAGGGAAGAGACACGGAGGAGAGGCCGGAGGGAGAAGACACUAGUGAAGACAUAAGCACGAUGGAGGCACUGGAUGGGAAGAAAAGAGAGGAUUCAGAAAGAGAAGUGGAAGGAGAGAAAAGGGUGAAGAGUGAGGGAGAGGAUGUUAACAUGGGAGGGCAGUUUCCAAAGGAGCUUGUUAGAGGAGGGGAGAACUUGCUCAAAGUGAAGGGGGUGGCGGCGGCAUACCUACGGAAUUUGGCAGCUGGGGGGAAGGGGUGUGGCUUGAGAGAUUCACCGAGGAUUGUGGUGAUGUCAGAGCGUUCCAGGAGCCUCUCUCGACUUCCCCUGCCCACUGACUCUCUCCCUGCACAGAAUGGUAGCUCCCAGACCACUACCAGUAAAACACUGCCUCUCUGCAAGAAAGAAGAGCCAGCCAAAGGGAAAAGGAUGGACCGCAUACUGCAACGACAGGACAGCUGGUCCAGCUUCUAUACAAAAAAACAGGAGGAGGACCAGAACGCAGACCCAUUGUUCAGACCUCAGGAUGGUUUCAGCAUGCUGCUGCGACGUCAUGGAGGCUCCAGGCGGAACUCACUCCUGCGUUGGUGUCAAAGCCGCACCCAGGGCUAUAAGAAUAUUGAGAUCACCAACUUCAGUAGCAGUUGGGAGGAUGGUCUGGCUUUCUGUGCUGUGUACCACACCUAUCUGCCCACACACAUCCCCUACAGUAGUCUCAGCACAGGAGACAAAAGCGAGAACCUGGAUCUAGCCUUCCAGACAGGGGAGAGUGUUGGAAUCCCAGCCACUUUGACCGUGGAGGAGAUGCUGAGACCAGGUGGGCCCGACUGGCAGAGGGUCCUGGGGUAUGUUGAAAGCAUGUUUCGUCACUUUGAGAUGUAAGGUAAUUUCCCUUCUGGGUUCCAUACCAAACACUACGUCUAACUGGUCUGCCACCACCAGUCUGGUUAUUUUUGUUGCAUCAUGAACUGGACUCUGAGUGAUAUACCACUAGGGGGAUUAGGACUACUGAUGGAACGGAAUUCUGCUUCAGCCUCACUCUUUGUGCAAAGAGGCUCCUGCUGCUGGCCAUUGGUUGUAGGUGCACUGUGGAUGGAGCUACUGUGAACUGGGUCGAUCUUGAUUUCAGAAAGCGCUGACCAUGGGGGUUUUGGGCUGAGAGCUGUUUUUUUUUGGUAAAUACAAAGUGAUUGCACUGAAUGAGGAGCCAUUGGAAAUGACCACAAGGAGCACCAUAAUUUAGGAAAUUGUGGAUAUGGGAAGGAUGUUACUAUUUGCACCAAAAAUUAACAAAAAAAAUUAACAAUGACUUCAAGUUCAUCACUUAGGGUUCUACUGCUGUUCACUCUGUUGUGCACUUAUUUGGAUGCCUUUAAAUUUUUAUCAACUUAAUGAAGUCUGUCACAAGUUUUUAACUGGAAGAUUUGAAUGUUAUAGACACGCUCUCCCCAUGUAUCUGAUUUUAUACCCUUAGAAAACUCUAUCCCGUUGUGAUAUUAAUGUAGCCAGAAGUAGUAUUUUAAUGUCUGUAUACACCCCAAUUCAAAGCAGAAAAAAUGUCUGGACAACUUGAAUGAGUUCAUUCAAUGGAAUUGUGUGCAUCACAACUGCGAUCAACCAAGAGUGACUGCCUUUGAAAAAUGUGUGUACUGUGCUGUCUAGCUAGUAAUAUUUUUAAUGUAUGAUUUGUUUGGAAAAACAUUUUUUUUAAGUAAAUGUUUUAAAUGUAGUAUGUAAACAGAAGUACCAUAGGGUGGACUAUCCAACAGAGGGACUUGUCUCCUGUUAUGGAGUAUGGGAAUGAACUGUGUCAUGAGGUUUUGUCUGAUAAUAGGAGCAACAAUGAGGCCAUAUAAGUACUGGAUCCUACAAUGUUUGCUUGUCUUUGUGAUUGAGGGAGAAUGUGAGAAAUAAGAGCGAUGUAUUGUAUGUGUCUCAAGUAUAAAUUGAGACACAGGGGCCCUCCCUAAACAGUUUUACUGUGACAAUGGUACUGUACGAGAAUGAUAAAUGACAAACAGUUGCCAAAGCGUUACUGCCAUAAUAAAGKUUGUUUUAAUCUGUUUGUGUUGCUGUUAUCUUUAAUAAAAAUCUCAAAUUUGA